UCUUCUGUGUUCUCGCUGGCACCCCCGCUCUCUCUCAAUCCCCUCUCCCCAACAAAUAAAAACAAAACCACAGCCUCCUAUCGCCAAAACUUGAGAGAGAAAAAAAGAAAAAAAAAAAGAGAAUAGAACCAUCAUGAAAUUCAUCCUCUUAUUCGUCUUCUUCCUCCUAUCUCUAUCCUUAAAACCGUCGUCGGCGGCGGCGGCGGCGGCGGAGAGCGCGUACGAGGUGCUGCAGUCACACGGCCUGCCGAAGGGAUUGCUGCCGAAGGGGAUAACGGAGUUCAGAUUCGACGACGACGGCGGCGGCGGCGGCGGGAAAUUCGAGGCGGUGUUGGAGGCGCCCUGCACGGCCAAGUUCGAGAGCGGCGUCCACUACAACGCCACCGUCUCCGGCGCCCUCUCCUACGGCGAGAUCGCCCCCCUCUCCGGCGUCUCCGCCCAGGAGCUCUUCCUGUGGUUCCCCGUCCUCGGCAUCCGCGUCGACGUCCCCAGCUCCGGCCUCAUCCACUUCGACGUCGGCGGCGUCGUCCACAAGCAGUUCCCCCUCUCCCUCUUCGACUCCCCUCCCGACUGCACUCCCGACGACGACGACGACCAAUCCACCAGCCGAAUUGGGAAGCUCCGGUACGAGCUCGAUCGGGCGGAAGCUCGACGGGCGGUUGUGUGAAGAGUCGGGUAUUGUUCGAUAGAUCGAUCCUACGUUCGCAUUUGAGAUUUGAGAGGUCUUAUCCCCAUGGCGCCCCGCGCGGAAUUUGCUACUACGAGAAGAAGAUAGGGUUGCUGCAUCAGAUCAGCGCGAGGAGAUGUACGAAAGGAGGGUAGAGUCGAGUCGCUGCGUGAAGGUAAAGCCCCCGUUUGAUUCCCUUUUGAUCUUUGAGGAAGUAAUGCCGCAAAAAAAAUAUAUAUAUAUCUAUAUACUAUAGAAAGGGGGUUUGGAUGUCUCUGUAUGCAUGUUUUGUUUUGGUUGCUGCUGCUGUAUUGUGUGUUUGCAAUGUUUUGAGUCCUUGGGUUUGCGCAAAAUCAUCCGCUUGUGUGUAUUCGCUAGGCUCUCGUCCAAUCAAGAGGUGUGUAGUGUGUAUAGUUCUUGGUUGCAACAAUACCAUAUAUUUAAUUAGCUGUGCUC